AUGUCGAUUUCAGCAUCCAAGGCGAAGAGAGAGCAAAAGCGUUUGGAAAGAGAGGCCAAGAAGGCCGCCGAGGGCAAGACCACGCGCAAGACCAAGAAGCAGGAGGCCAAGGACGCUGAGGAAAAGACCGAGGACGACGCCGCCACCAAGAUCGCCAAGCUCAAAUUGCAGGCCGACGACGAGGGUAUUUCCGACAGAGUCGUCACCGGGGUCUUGGAAUCGUUGGAGACGUCGCGAGACAUCAAGUUGCUGUCGGUGUCGCUUUUGUUCCACGGGAAGGUGCUUCUUACCGAUACCACCUUGGAAUUGAACUACGGCCGUCGUUACGGGUUGUUGGGGGAAAACGGGUGUGGUAAGUCGACUUUCUUGAAGGCCAUCGCCGCCAGAGAGUACCCCAUCCCCGAACUGAUCGAUAUCUACUUGCUUAACGAACCCGCCGACCCCACCGAGUACUCGGCGUUGGAGUACGUGGUCAGAGAAGCUCAAGCGGAAAUGAAGCGGUUGGAAGACCUUGUCGAAGACAUCAUCGUCAAGGAAGGCCCCGAAGCCCCGCAAUUGGAGGCCCUUUACGAAAAGAUCGACGAAAUGGACCCGCUGACAUUCGAGCUGAGAGCCGCCGUCAUCUUGACCGGUUUGGGUUUCAACGCCGUCACCAUCAAGAAGAAGACCAAGGACAUGUCUGGUGGUUGGAGAAUGAGAGUGGCGUUGGCCAAGGCGCUUUUCGUCAAGCCCACCGUGUUGCUUUUGGACGACCCCACCGCCCACUUGGAUCUCGCCGCCUGUGUGUGGUUGGAAGAAUACCUUAAGCGGUUCGACCGGAUCUUGGUGUUGGUGUCGCACUCGCAGGAUUUCCUUAACGGGGUGUGUCUGAACAUGAUCGACAUGAGAGAAAAGCAAUUGCAAUUGUACGGUGGUAACUACGACUCGUACUUGAAGACCAAGCAAGAAUUGGACACCAACCAGAUGAAGCAGUACCACAAGCAACAAGAAGAAAUCGCCCACAUCAAGAAGUUCAUUGCCUCCGCCGGUACCUACGCCAACUUGGUGAAGCAGGCGAAGCUGAGACAAAAGAUCUUGGACAAGAUGGAGGCCGACGGUCUCAUCCAACCCGUGGUCCCCGACAAGGUGUUCCUGUUCCGCUUCCCCGACGUGGAAAAGCUCCCUCCCCCCGUGUUGGCCUUCGACAACAUGUCGUUCUCCUACUCGGGCAACCCCGAAGACAACUUGUACGAAAACUUGGACAUCGGUAUCGACAUGGACCUGAGAGUGGCCCUUGUUGGUCCUAACGGUGUGGGUAAGUCGACUUUGCUUAAGCUUUUCAUGGGUAAAUUGCGCCCGCAACAAGGGAGAGUGAUCCAACACACCCACAUCAAGUUGGGGGUCUACUCGCAACACUCGGCCGACCAAUUGGACUUGACGAUGUCGCCGUUAGAGUUCGUGAGACAGAAGUUCUCCCACGUGUCCCAGGACUACCAGUACUGGAGACAGCAAUUGGGGAGAUACGGGCUUAGUGGUGAAGGCCAGACCUCGGUGAUGGCCACCCUUUCUGAAGGGCAAAGACUGAGAGUGGUGUUUGCUUUGCUCGCCCUUGAGGCGCCCAACUUGAUCUUGUUGGACGAACCCACUAACGGUUUGGACCUUGCCACCAUCGACUCGUUGGCCGACGCCAUCAACGCCUUCAACGGUGGGGUGGUGAUCGUGUCGCACGACUUCCGGUUGUUGGACAAGGUGGCCAAGGACAUCUUUGUCAUCGAGAACAAGACCGCCACCAGAUGGGAAGGGUCGAUCUUGGACUACAAGAAGAAGUUGGCGGGCGAAGUGGUGUUGUAA